UGUGCGCAGUCCGCGUCAAAUGACGUCCCUGCACAUCUGACGCAAAACCAACCGGCGCCUCCAGCAGAUCAGAUCAAUCCGCCCUGCUUCUUCAUCGUCCUUCUUCUUCUGCUCUCCACUUGCUACCAUCCAGCGGCCUGGAGAUGACGACGGCGGCCUAGACGAUCCAUCGUCCUACACAUGCCCUCAACUGCACACAAAAAAUAUCCGGCAGCGUCUUCGUUGUCUGCUGUUGCGCUUUAUGGAUCCAGCCGGCUUGCGUUGACCCAUACCAGAGCCUUAGCCCGACCCUCUAUUGGAACGGCAGCUAGACGGAUCCCCGUCCAGCUUGGCUACCAUGUCUUUGUUUACGGCUGCUCUCGUCCCCGGCUACGGCCUGGGUUUUCUUGUGCUCGGGGCUUCGCUCCACGACAUCUUGACGCGGCUCAAGGCCGAACCGCCGCGGUUUCCCAAGCUUGAUCUCGCCUACUCCCCGAGAAAUCCCGUUACCGAGCCCAUCAUUCUCACUCUUCCGGCAAACGGCGUACGGCUGCGCUUCGACGGCCCCGAGCAGCGCCUCCGCCUCAUCGAGAUUAUCGAUUUCAGCAAGAACCGCAUCACCUACCAAGACAAGGACAUCGCGAAACCGGCUAAUACCCAGGGGACCGCCGGCUCCCCUAGGCAGGGCGCGGAUGUUGCCACUGGUCCGGCAUUUAAGAAUGUCUACCACCGCCUAUUCGGCCCGACGUACGCCGGAGAGUACAUCCCUCCGUCGGCACCGCGAAACGGCAAUGCCGUGGGAACGUACAUUCUGUCUUAUCCUGGUGUGGCAUUUAGCUUCCCCUUGCCGCCAUCCGCCUACUUUCCAGAUAAGGAUGUAGUAUCACUGUUAUCUUCGCCGGCCAGCCAGACGGCCGGCUCCGUUGCCGUAUUCAACGGGAAGUCCUGGGCUCACGCGCGCGAGACCCUGUGGACGGAGGUGCUUCCUAGCGUGAAACCGACUGCGAGCAAGAGUAGGGAGGUCGUUCCUGACGAGGUCUCGUUGGUCAAGAUCCACGGUGGUGGCAAGCUGCAGCUGUUCAAGAAGUGGACAAGUGCUUCGAUAUGGAUCAACUUGGGAGAGACUACUCCUCAAGAGCUAGUAGCCGAGCUGGGCCCCCCUGACGCCAUAUAUCGGAAGAAUGACCAGAGGAUGUACAUUCACAAGACGCGCACUGCGAGCCACAGCAGGUCAAGAUCUACCGGCGGGGAUUACCGACGCCCCGAAGACCUCACCGACACCGACCAAUCCUCGGCGCAUACGGGCACGGAUGAUUCUGAAGACGAGGCCGUCGAGGACGACUUCGUCGGCAACGUAUCAGGAGAAUGUUUUUACAACUACUUCUACCUAGGAUUCGACAUACUGAUAUCGCCGCCCCAACCCUCUUCGCGGGCGCCGCCAUCGCAGGCAGCCGCAUUGGGCGGAGACCCGGCGGCGGGGGAGAACCUGUUCAAGACCGGAAUAACGGACCGCUUAGUGGCCACAAAGAUGGUCCUCCACGCCAACGUCCCCGGCUCCUACCCGUUCAACCGCCAUCGUCGUUGCCGCUGGGAGAUAUCGUAUCUCGCAGCCGACAACCCCGAUCGCGUCCCCAAUUCCGAGACGCCGUUCGACGAGGUCGAGGAACGGUUGCGGGAAGAGUGGAGGGCCACGUACCCGUCAGCCGAAGACGGCAAGAGGCGCCAACGGGGGAUGGUGCUGAAUCGGGGGUGGGGCGACAGUCCGGGUAGCAGUUGCGAGUUUCUUGGGGGCUGGGAAGACAGCAGCGGAGGAGUCUCUGCGAAGAAGUUUGACGGGAACGAGGACUCCACUACCACUUUAUACGGAUUCCCAGGGUUGGUUUUGGAAGUUCUCAAGAACGGUUUCGUAAGUGCGGUCACGGUCUACUAAGUGGAAUCGGAGGGGCGAGGUCUCGGGAGUUUUUGCUGUCGGUUUCUUAUUGGUUUGCAUCGGGUAGCUUUUAGAUUCCAGGCA